AUGGUCAACAUCGAAGAGGAACUCAUCGCGAUCGCAGGAAUUCCUUUACAAAAGGAUAAAACUGCCAAAUACCGUUCUUUGCUCGAAACAACCCUCACUUCCUCGGCAGACGACGUGGUUCUAGCAGGAAACCUGGAAAAAUUUGUUGACCAUAUAGUGCAGGACCAAGUUGGUUUAGUGAUUUCUCGUCAGAUGUUAACCGAGUUCGUGCAGGGUGUUGACAAGAUAGAAAACUCAGAGAUCAAAAAACGCGUAUUACACUUUGCACUGGGAAAAGUUCAACCUCGAAUCGUGAGCUUUGAGGAACAGAUCUCAACACUUCGCGAGAAAUUAUCUGAAAUUUAUGAGAAUGAGGAGGAUUGGCUUGAAGCUGCUAAAGUAUUGCAAGGAAUUCCACUGGAUUCUGGACAUCGAACGAUCUCGGAUGAAUAUAAACUUGGAAUUUACAUCAAAAUUGUCCGACUACUUUUAGAAGAGGACGAGGCUGUGUCGGCUGAAACUUAUCUUAGUCGUGCCGCGUUGUUGAUACCUGGUUGUAAAGAUCAAUUCAUCAAUUUAACAUUCAAAUUGUCACAGGCUAAGAUCUUUGACUUCAAGAGAAAAUUUCUUGAAGCCAGUUCAAAGUAUCAUGAGCUAAGUUAUGUUACUGAACUAGCACCAGAAGAUCGAAUUAAUUGCCUGAAUGCAGCUAUUACUUGCGCGGUGCUUACGGGGGCCGGACCGCAGCGAUCACGUAUGUUGGCUACACUCUAUAAAGAUGAACGAGUGCAGCGUUUGCCACACUUUUCCAUCCUUGAGAAAAUGUACCUAGACCGUGUUUUGCGACCGAACGAAGUCAAGGGGUUCGCCGAAACGCUCAAGGAUCAUCAGCGUGCACGUCUGGCCGAUGGUACAACUGUGCUCGAUCGUGCCGUGAUUGAACAUAAUCUUUUGUCGGCAUCCAUGAUAUAUAACAACAUCACAUUCGAAGAGCUUGGUUCCUUACUAGCAAUAACGCCCGAUCAAGCCGAACAAAUUGCUAGUUCAAUGAUAGAACAAAAUCGUAUGCAAGGAACGAUCGAUCAAAUUGAAAGAUUGAUCUUUUUCGAGAAUAAUAAUUCUGCUGGUCACGGAAAAACGGUUGGAGGUGCGCUUGGUGUAAAGUGGGACGUGGCGAUUCAAAAUGUGUGUCAUCAUGUGGAGGAGGUUGUGAUUGCAAUUGGCACCAAAUACCCCGAGCUUAUGCAAAAGACUACAUUUUAA